AUGGAUUUCAGCGCCGGUUUGUCCGCGGGCCACAUGGAGGCGCUGCGGCUUCUCGUUGCGGCGGUGUUUCCAAGUGCAUCGGUUCUCUUCUGUGCGUCGCCGCCGUCGUCGUCAUGUGGCCCUGCAGGGCGUCCCGGUGAGGUGGAAGACACGUUGAUGGCGCGGCUUGGCGCCCGGCAGCCCUCCUCGCAUGCCGCCAAUGAGCGGCGUGGAUGUCUGCUGGCCAGGCGGGGGCCGUUCCGCGAGUGCUGCUCGCCCAGCGAGGUGGAGGCGUGGGCGCAGCUUUACCGCAGCUGGCCCCCGCAAUCCGUCGAUGGGCGCCAGUUGUGGCGCUGCGAUGAAGAAGAGGCAUCGGCGUCGCUGGAGCCGCUUCUACCGUGCUGGACGCCACAUGCAGUGGUGUACGUUGGCGGCUUUGAGGCGCCCGAUCUUCGUCGUGUUGUGGCGCCGCAGCUGUUCGCGCAGGUGCCACCCCUCGCCAGGGACGCGGAAGGGGACAGGUUGGUUGGUGGUGCUACCUUCGACUACGGAAGGCGUAAGGUCCCGAAGUUCGCGUCGAAGUUACUCAACGCGGAGCUACUGAUGCAGGAAAAGGGCUGCGCGCUGCAUGAGCCCGACCUGUUGGAGCUUGCCCUCCCUGUAGCUUCUCCGAGCGGUGCGGUGGCGCGGCGUGUCCGCACAUUUCUUGCGGUCGCCAACAGCGAGACGAGUAUGAGCGCGUUGCGGCUCGCCGUGGAUCCGGCACAGCGGACAGCGCUGCGUUCGGCCUUCGGCUACUCGCUUGCUGCGCUUAAGUGCGCGCUUCCGCCCCCCGUCGUGGGCGCCACGCGGCUGCUUCGCCGCUGGAAUGCGUCGUGGUCGGCGGUUCCCGUCAGCGCAGCAUUUUGGCUGUCGGCGGUGGGCCAUGCGGUGGCGCAGAUGCCACCACCAACUGCAACGGGGCCGACUGCCAUUCUCUUUGGUGGGGGUGCGUCAAGCUCCGACGAGGCGGCAGCGGCUUUGGCAGUUGCUGCGGCUUCCCUUGUCAACAGUUGUACAGAGACGUGCUGCAAAAAUUACUUCAUGCCUCUGGAGAGCUUCGAGGCGGAGCGUGGGAUGCGAGAGUUGGUGGGCGCUGUGGGCCGCCUGCCGGUGCCCCAGCUGUGCAAUUGGGGGCACGGUGCGAAUGGCAUGUGA